CUAAAGUCUCGCGGUGUUACGAUUCAGACAUCUUGCAUUUUAAUAAGUCUAGUCUCUGAGAUAUUGCUGUUAUAGCAACAUUCACACUGUUCUUAUUUCCCACAAAGACGCGUUUGUUGAAGAACCGAAUCAUUUCCCUCCGCAUCAACGCGGGUGAAGUGGGAGGCUGGAAGAAGCUUCGAGUGCCAGUUCCACGGAGUGCAAACGGUUUCUAGCGGGGGGGGGGGGGUUCUCGCGCCGUAUUGUGCGUCAUCUCCAUCGCUUAGAUAUAUUUUUAUCCACGCAGUGACAACAUGGCGACUCCCGCUGCGGUGAACCCGUCUGAAAUAGCCAGUGAGCUGCCAGGUCCGGUAGCGAUGCCUGGAGGAGUUGGGAGUGGCCAGGUGAGAAUGGCAGGUGCCGUGUCAGGCCGCGGUGGGAAGAGGAGAUCAGGAGGAAUGGACUUUGAUGAUGAGGAUGGUGAAGGACCCAGCAAAUUUUCAAGAGAAAACCACAGUGAGAUUGAACGACGCCGGCGUAACAAAAUGACCCAGUACAUCACUGAGCUGUCAGACAUGGUCCCAACCUGUAGUGCCCUGGCCAGAAAGCCCGAUAAGCUAACCAUACUACGUAUGGCGGUCUCCCAUAUGAAGUCCAUGCGGGGGACAGGCAACACUUCUACUGAUGGGGCGUAUAAGCCCUCCUUUCUCACUGAACAGGAACUGAAGCACCUUAUUCUGGAAGCAGCAGACGGCUUCUUGUUUGUGGUGGCGGCAGAGACUGGCCGAGUCAUCUAUGUGUCGGAUUCUGUGACUCCAGUGCUGAACCAUCCCCAGUCAGAGUGGCUUGGCAGUACCCUGUAUGAGCAGGUUCACCCAGAUGAUGUGGACAAGUUGAGAGAACAACUCAGCACUUCAGAAAACUCAAUGACAGGACGAAUUCUGGACCUGAAGACGGGGACUGUAAAGAAGGAAGGGCAGCAGUCUUCCAUGAGGAUGUGUAUGGGCUCCAGGCGCUCCUUUAUCUGCCGCAUGAGGUGUGGAAGUGCGCCACUGGAUCACAUCUCCCUAAAUCGUCUGUCUAACAUGAGGAAAAGAUACAGGAACGGCUUGGGACCAUCCAAAGAAGGAGAGGCUCAAUACUCUGUGGUGCAUUGCACUGGGUACAUCAAAGCCUGGCCCCCUGCAGGCAUGACCAUACCAGAAGAGGAUUCAGAGGCGAGUCAGACAGGAAAAUACUGCCUGGUGGCCAUUGGGAGACUGCAGGUAACCAGCUCUCCAGUCUCCAUGGAUAUGAAUGGCCUGUCAGUUCCAACAGAGUUCCUCUCACGUCAUAACUCCGAUGGUGUCAUCACAUUUGUUGAUCCACGCUGCAUUAACGUCAUUGGUUAUCAACCUCAGGACCUGCUGGGAAAGGACAUUCUGGAGUUUUGCCAUCCUGAGGACCAGAGUCAUUUGAGAGAAAGUUUCCAGCAGGUAGUGAAACUGAAGGGACAGGUGCUGUCUGUCAUGUAUCGUUUCCGAUUGAAAAACAGAGAGUGGAUGCUGAUCAGAACCAGUAGUUUCACCUUCCAGAACCCCUACUCUGACGAGAUAGAGUACAUAAUCUGCACCAAUACCAACGUCAAGCAACUGCAACAGCAACAGGCAGAGUUAGAGGUUCAUCAGAGAGAUGGAAUCACAGCUUAUGAUCUAUCCCAGGUGCCUGUGGCAGGAGUCAGCAGUGGAGUCCACGAUACAGGGAAGACCAUUGAUAAGACAGAGACUCUCUUCUCCCAGGAGAGAGACCCACGCUUUGCUGAAAUGUACACCAGCAUAUCUGGCUCGGGAGACAAGAAGAUGAUGGUUCCCUCUUCUACGGCAGGAGGACAGCCUCUCUACACCCAGAGCUCUCCCUUCCAGCAGGGCCACUCCGCCAAAAGCUUCAGCUCUUCUGUGAUCCAUGUUCCUGGUGUAAAUGACAUCCAGUCCUCAGGGUCAUCCAAUCAGAAUCUAGCUCAGAUUUCUAGACAACUUAAUACAGGCCAGGUAGCUUGGUCAGGCAACCGACCCCCAUUCGCUGGGCAGCCCAGCAAAUCCCAGUCCAGUCCGUUUGGUAUCGGUUCUGGCCACAACUACCAGACUGACCCCGCCUCCUACAGUCCACUAUCGUCUCCGGCAACAUCCUCGCCCAGUGGAAAUGCUUACUCAGGCCUGACAAAUCGCAGCACAGCCUUUGAUGUGUCAGGAGAAAGUGGUCAAAGUGGAGGCCAGUUCCAGGGUCGCCCCAGUGAGGUCUGGUCCCAGUGGCAGAACCAGCAUCAUUCCCAGCAGUCGGGGGAGCAGCACUCACACGCCAACCCCAGCCAGACAGAGGUCUUCCAGGACAUGCUGCCUAUGGCUGGAGAUCCCACCCAGGGGACAGCGAACUACAACAUUGAGGAUUUUGCGGAUCUCGGCAUGUUUCCACCCUUCUCUGAGUAAAGGUUGCCUCUACGACCUACCGAUGGACUUAUGUUUCUUAUGUUUCAUCAAAUUUUUUUUUAAUAAGAGCAGCACUUGGCCACCUUAGAAAAGUUAAUGUCAUAGUAAUUCAUUACUCUUAUCUCCAUAAGACAUUCAUUACUGUUAUCUCAUAGCAAAAUAAUGCUCCAUCUAUAAGGCCUGAAGAAUGAACUGGUGGAUGCCCUCACACCCUAGGGAUUCUGCUUAAUCUUAGUUAGUCGAACCUUUCUCAGCUUGUGAUUGGACGUUGAUGUUCAGGUCACUGUGUGUGUCCUCUAUGCAUUCUGUCAGCAUUCUGAACAGACACAUCUGUCAGAGCUCAUCACCAUCAUUAAGACUGAAUGAAGGAGAACUUACUUUUAGUUUUCUUAAAGAACAAGAGGAAUAUGGAAAACUGUGUAUUACCUUAAAUGUCCAACUCUUCCUACAUGCUAUGAUUUUUACUUUCAAACUGUCCAUCUAAUCUAAAACAUCAAGUUUUUUUUAAAUAUUGCACCAAUCAAUUGAGAUCUAAUACCCAAACAAUUAGAAUGUUUUUUGGAUAUUAGAUCCUGUUCCUGUUCAUUGAAUGUAUCUAUAAUAAAACCUCUUCUAUUUAGAUUGUUUUAGUUCAGUAAUUCUGGUGCUGGUGCUUGGAGAUAGGCACCAGCACACCUCCUGACCCCACUAGGGACAAGGAUAUACAGAAAAUGGAUGGAUGGAUGGAUAGUUCAGCAAAAUCUUAUAAAGGUUACAACAGAUUCUUUGAAGUAAAAAUAGGAAUAAUGUUGCAAUUCUUUCAUUCUCUGUUGAAUUCCAAACUUCUAGCUCCACCAAGGAACCCGCAGAACAUUUUUUCAGUUAUGGUCAGUAUAAAGUUUUCUUCAGCUUUUUUAUUUUUGAAUUAAAUAAAGUUCACCUGAAGGAAGUCGUACCUUUAUAGGCGAAUGCGCAGAACAGAUCUGCGAUUUGUGUCAAUUGUAACUGACAAAAGGCAGGUAGCGUAGCCUUCUAUAAGAAACAAACUUAGUGCACCAAAAGGAAUUUACUAUAUUACAAUAUGUUCACUAUGUAAAUAUUUUAUAAAAUGUUAAAAUGCUACAUUAGAAUUCCUUUUAUAUAUCUUCACUUUAAUUAGACUUCUGACAAGUAGCAGAUCUCAUGAGAAAGGAAAGAUUUUUUUGCCAUUUUCUUUAUAAUGACGACAUUGUGGGUCUUAUGUAUAGUUUUCAACGUCAAAAAUGAAUCUUUCCUCAUCCGUUUUGAAAUACUGUACCACCACAAGCUGUACUACAAUACAAAAAUAAAGGAACUAGCAAUGCAGCGCAGAAGAAAAGCAGCAACAUAAAGUAGUUUUUGCCUUUAUGUUUUACUGUUUAGAGGCAGAACAGCAUUGAACAGAUCGUUGCCUGGAGCGUGGACCAGUCACAGCCUCUCUGGGUUGGUUUAGGGAAAAUAAUGAGCAGAUGUUUUGAUGCACGUCAGACGCCCCAGCUGUCCGUUACGUUAUAAAGGCUUUAAAAGUAAAUUAAAAUCAGCCAAGACAAGUAAAACUUUAAAGACCACUGGAUCUUGGGCUGGUAAAUCCCAAUUGAUGCAGAUUGAACAGUCAAUCUGCAGAUUGACUGUUUAAGUGUCACAAACAAUAAUCAGUAAUAAACUAUAAUCUUUAUUGUCAUGUAAUAAAAUUACAUGGACUAUGACGAAAGUGGGUGAUAAAUAGUGAUAAGUAGAUAAAUAGUACUAGAUGGCAUUUAAUGCUUUUAUGGCUACUGGGUAUAAACUAUUCUUCGGUCUGUUUGUCCUUGCUUCCCGCAGCAGGUGGAACAAACCUUGUCAUCCUCUAAUUCACCUCAAAGUCUUCUUCUCUUUUCACCUGGGAUGAGUGACUGGACCAGUCACCUUUAUUUUCUCAAUGUAUGUCUGUACCUAAAGCCCUUUGAGUUGGAAAAUGAAAAACAAAAACGUGUUAAGAUCACUGACUGCAGAGAGCAGCAGGAGAAGACAAUCCGUUUCCGUCUCCCUGUAAACCUAUGUAGUGAUGUCCUGAUUUUUAGAAAACACUUCAUGCAACAAUAGCAGGAUUAAAUGCAUUUUAAAAAUGAAGAAAUUUUAGUAUACCAUUGCUGAGUUACUGCUUAAAGUGCACUUCAUGACGCUAACUGUUCAUCACACCAGCCUGCUGCCCAGCAGUGUGCAGUAUGUCUGUCUUCAGCUGUCACUGCUUGACUCUAAUUUAUUGUUAUAUAUUUAUCCACCAAAAGGCUGAAUAACUGCUUGCAGUGAAGUAACGUUUACAUGAUGAACUGCAUGUCCUUGACAAAUGGAAUAAACUUUAGACAUCUUUUGCUGAGGAUCUAAAAUUAUUAUUUUUUCAAUAUUGUGACUUUUAUGUCAACUCAUCUUACAUUCACAGAGUACAUUUUUGUGUAAGUCUUAAUGAUACUGUGUAUAAUGUGAGUGUGUAUUUAACUAUUAGUACGUGUUGGUUAGGUAGUAAACUGUACAUUGACUUCUAGACCUGUUUAAACUGUGUAAAUGUGACCCAUUAUUUUGUGUAAAACUGUGCUUGUGACAAUAAAUUCUUGAUUUGGUGGCUUCCAUUAAA